UUUCCCGUGGCGGCCGUGCCGGAGGGAGCCCGGGGUGGCGGCUGUGGGCCGCGGUAGCGGCGGGCCGCGAUGCCCGAUGCCCGCCCGGGGCUGACCGGGCGGCAGCGCUGCCAUGAGCGGAGCUCGGCGCCUCGGUCAGGGAGCUCUGCCAUCCCGCAGUGAGCGCUCUGCGCCGAGUGUCUCUCGUCCCCUGCAGCACGCUGCCAGCUGGUACCUCCCUCCUUUCUGAAGCGUAACUGAGGAGGGGGUGGAAGGCAGAGGAAGUUUGGUGCUCAGUUUUUUUCUGUAGGCUUUGCAGAGGGAUUCCCUGUGCGUGGCAGCGCGGAGGGCUGCAGGACGGGGUGCGGAGGGGCAGGGGCACGGCCGGAGCCGGGGCUGUGCGGAGCCGUGCCCCGCCGUGUACCUGCGGCGCUGGAUGCGAGCUCCGCGCAGCUCCGCCGAGCGUAGCGGCAGCGGCGCGGCUGAUGCAGAUGCGUGCGUGUGUGUGUGCUUAACCCUUUCUUGGCUCCUCGGAUUUGUACCAUGCUGAAGAUCCUCACCAAAAAGCUCAGGAACCAGAGUUUGAACGAAAUCCAACCUUUCCAGCUAAAGAUCUCCUAUCCCCCAAGUGAUGAGGACAGCGAUGACUCCGAGGGAGAGAACCAGGAACUUGCUCAGAUCGACAGAGAGAGAAGACGGAAUUGUGCCCUGACUCCUCUGGCCACCAACCAGCUCCAGAACCAGGAGAGCCAAUGCUGCAAGGUUCGGGCCCUCUUCCACGCCGGCCUUGACCGGCACAGCUCGGAGGAGGAGCUGGAGCGCAUCAACCGGGAGUUUGCGGCAGAGAAGCGCAAGUGGUCGCAGGUCAGCCGGCUCACCUGCUGCGGCGACGGCAACAACGCCUCCUCCAGCGACGAGGAAGUGAAGAACUUGUGCGCCAUGUCCUUCCGGCCCGUGGCAGAGCGGGGCGACGGCCUCCAGGCCAGCCCCAGCCCCGUGCUGUUCAGUGCCUCCCCUCCCAAGAGACUGCAGCCCCUGGUGCGCAGCCCGGCCUCCGCACCUCUGAUCUUCACCAGCGUCGGGGCGGGCCUUGAGCAGGUCAUGCCUUGUAAGAGACACCGACAGGGAUAUGGGGAUAAGGUCAGCAGGCCCAGCCUUGACCUGGAAAAAAUGCAGCAGAAGAUGCUGCUCAAGAAGAAUUGUGGAGCGAAGACUAGAGUAAUUAAAAUUCGUAGCACCAACGGAGGCCGCCCACCGCCCCACUUCCUGUACGAUCCCUCCACUUUUGCCUUCCGUUCCCUCAGCACCUUGAAGCCGCUGAGCCCCAUAGCUCCAGUGGAAGAACCGUCAUGUGCCUACUGAAGGAGUUUCUCCAAAAAACCUCAGGAACUAUCACCCAGUGUCCUGCCUGGCAGGGAGAAGGGGAGGUGGUGAUACCCAAGGGGAGGGGUGGGAGAAGAAGGGGCAAUGAGAUGUCUUUGCAAUGCAGCUGCUCCGGCAGGGGGAAGCGAAUGGCUUGGCAGCAGUGCCUGUUCUCAUACCACUGAUGGAGCCCAGCAGUGGCACAGGGAGGGAGUUUUGUCUCUCAGGGCAAAGCAAACUAGUCAGGUGCACAAACUGCAAGAACUGCCACCAAGGCAGUGUCAAACGUGAGGAUGGUGGCAACUGAAGAUGUCCAGGAGGUGUUCAGGGGUUAGUGUGACCUGCAUGGCAGCAGGGGUGAGUGAUCAAGCUGUGAAACCAAAUCCAGUCAGUUUCCCAAGGAUACCUGGGUCUACAGUGCUUUGCUAUAGACCUGACACUUCUCCCACUCAGAAGUGAACUCAGGAUUGGAGAAAGAGUCUUACAGAGCUGCUUGCAAAA